CUCCAGAAUGGCGUUGUUGACAACGAAAUGUUGAACUGUCGGUGCCCGUUGUGUACCCACAUGUUUAGACAUAUGACUGUCAAUCCACUUUGUAUUACCUAAUCAACAGACUGUUUUGGAAAAUGUGAUAUAUCAAUAGAAAUGCCCCGUCCAAAUGUGAAAGGUCGCAGCACAGGUGACCGUGUGAUUCGGUUCAAGUGUUCCCUGCAGAACACGAUACUGGAUGUACUGCGUGCGAGACCGGGAUGGCAGGAGGUUACAGGUGAUGCGGAGUGGGACAUCUACUGGUGUGACGUGUGGUGGAUGAGGGAGACGUUUGACCACGCCUACCUUGACGAACAUAUGAGAAUUAACCACUUUCGAAACCACUACGAGCUGACAAGGAAGAACCUGAUGGUGAAGAACCUGAAGAGACUGCGGAGGCAGAUCGAGAGAGAAUCAGGAAAACUGGAGGCACAGAAAUGUGAUUUCUUCCCUACUACAUAUGAGCUACCGUCCGAGUACCACAUCUUUGUGGAUGAGUUCCGACGUAACCCCGGAUCCAUCUGGAUCAUGAAGCCCAUUGCCAAGUCACAGGGGAAAGGAAUCUUCCUCUUCAAGAGACUCAAAGACAUCACUGACUGGAAAAAGGGUACAGAAUAUCAGCCCAUAUCGGAUGCCAGCAAAGAUGGUCCGGAGACAUAUGUUGUGCAGCGCUACAUCGAGAACCCAUACCUGAUAGGGGGCCGCAAGUUUGACAUCCGUGUCUACGUACUGGUCACCUCGUACAACCCACUCCGUGUGUGGCUGUACAGGGAUGGAUUUGCUCGCUUCUCCAACACAAGGUUUUCUCUGGAGUCUAUAGAGAACAAUUAUGUUCACCUGACAAAUGUGGCCAUCCAGAAGACAGCCCCGGAUUAUGAUCCAGAGAAGGGAUGCAAGUGGUCGACACAACAACUCCGACAGUACCUGACAGCGAGACACAAGCGAGAAGAUGUGGAGAAGAUGCUGAACCAGAUGCAAGAGGUGUUUAUUCUGAGCCUGCAGAGCACACAGAAGAUCAUGAUCAAUGACAAGCACUGCUUCGAGCUGUAUGGUUAUGACAUCCUACUGGAUGCCAAACUCAAACCCUGGCUGCUGGAGAUCAAUGCAUCGCCGUCUCUCACAGCCAGCAGUAAAGAAGACUAUGACCUCAAGUUCGGAAUGCUUAAUGAUGUCAUCAAUGUCCUUGACAUGGAAAAUAGACUGACAGGGAAGGAGAAGCGUAUCGGCGGGUUUGACUUCAUCUGGGACGAUGGCCCUGUCUACACCGAUGAGUCCAUCAACUCUGACAGCAUGAUCAACAGCAUGGGCACCACCAUCAACUCCUUCUUAGGUUGUCAUAAUGAACGUCGUCAAAACCUGAAGCAGAUCUACCAGACAGCCAGUGUAACCAAGAAGCCAUGAACAUGAUGUGAACACUGAGGUCAGACAAACCGAACUUACUAGCUUCUCUAAACCUGUCACCAGUAGGUUUGUUCUGCUAGAAGUCGAUUUUGGUUUUUAGUGUGAGAGACGCAUGUGUAAUUAGUGGGGUUUUAUGUUUUACACAUGAAAUUGGUCUGUAUGUUAACAUUCUGAUGUAAAAUCUAGUUGAACAUGGAACAACUUUAUCAUUGUUAAGUCAGUUUGGGUUUUUUUACCCGUGAAGGUCCAGGUUAGAACUGACCUUCAGUAACCCAUGCUUGUCGUAAGAGGCGA